UGUGGGGAAAAUGGUGGAACUAGGGACAUCUAUGUCUCUCGGUCUUUAGUCUUGAAUUUUGACUCUUUUAUGGGGUUUUCGGUCUUGUUUCUUGAAAUAUAUGUCUUUGAUAUUUCUAGUGGGUAUUCUUUAUAUUUUUUAAAUUAUUGGGAUAUGUGUGGGGGAUAUUUGAAGAUUGCUAUGAAAUAUAUUUUUCGCAAAUGUCAUUUUAAUUUUGUGGGAAGAAAGCGCGCAAAAGUCAUCAUCAAGAGAGAUGGUUUGCCAAUACAUUAA